AUGUCAGAUGCCCCCUCGGCUGGAACUGUGCGCGCGCGCGAAGAAGACGAUGCGACUGGUGAGCCUUCCGCAAAGCGUACAAAGACUGGAGACGAUCUCGAUGGAGAAGCUCAGGUUGAAUUCAAGACCCCGUCAAUCGCACCUCAAUCUGCACCAGUUCCUACCCCCGGUAACACCAAUGGUAUUGCUGUCAGUGUUGUACGCCCACACCACACGCCCAAGAUCAGCUCUGGUCCUAUCACCAAGAACCAAAAGGCUUUCUUGAUCGAGAAGAUGAAAAACACAAAGAAAGUCAAGUCAGCCUUCUGGUUCACCAAGCCCGUCGACUAUGUUGCACUGAACAUUCCUCACUACCCCACCGUCGUCAAACAGCCUAUGGAUCUUACCACAAUCGAGCACAAAUUGAAGAGCGAUCAAUACUCCUCAGUAGACGAUCUGGUUUCUGAUUUCGAGCUCAUGGUCACCAACUGUUUCACCUUCAAUGGCAUCAACCACGCUGCUUCUAUAUCGGCACAGAACCUCCGAGCCUAUUUCAUGAAGCAGAUGCAAAUGUGCCCUACCGGAGAAGCCGCUAUGCCGAAGUCCAAGCCUGUCGCAAAAAAGGCAUCGCCUAAGCCCGCUGCUAUCCCACGCCCUGAGCCAGCAAAGCCUGCUGCACCUGCCAAGUCUCCCGCCAACGAAACAUUCGCUUUGCUACCUGAUGGUACCCCUAUGAUCCGCAGGGAUUCGACCGCUGGCAGACCCAAGCGUGCAGUCAUUCCUCCCGCUCCACGCGAUCUUCCCUACUCGACAUCAAAGCCGAAGAGAAAGGAAGCUCAGACCGGCCUGAAAUUCUGCGAGCACAUCCUGGAGGAAUUCCGCAAGUCAAAGUGGGACCGCUUUGCUGCACCUUUCCGCAUUCCCGUCGACCCCGUCGCCCUCAACAUCCCCAACUACUUCAGCGUCAUCAAGGAACCCAUGGACAUCUCUACAAUUACUCAGAGACUCAAGGGAGGACAGUAUGCCACCGCAGCCGAGUUUAAGCAUGAUUUCGACCUGAUGUUCCAGAACUGCUUCAAAUUCAAUCCUUCUGACAACAUUGUCCACCAGAUGGGCAAAGACUUCCAAACCGAGUUCGAGAGAGAAUGGACCAAGAAGGAUAGCUGGAUCAAGAGACACACACCUCAGUCCCAACGCGCUAGUCCUGUGUCGGACGUAUCCGAUGGUGAUGACUCCGAUGAUGCCCACGAUGAAGAUGACGAGCAUGAUAGCAACGAGGCUACAAUCUCCCUUCUCAGGGAGCAGCUGGCCGCUAUGCAGAAUAUGGUCGCAUCAAUUUCUGGCAACAAGCGUGCAUCCCCCAAGGCCUCUGGUAGCAAGAAAAAGAGCAAGAGUGGCAGCGGUGUCAUGAGCAAGCCCAGCAAGAAGUCCGGCGGUGUAUCCAACACUUCUCGUCCCACCAUCAAGUCAACUUCGAAGCCUAAGAAGCAACGUCUUGUCACCUAUGAUGAGAAGCAGGAAAUCAGCAGUGCCACGGAACAUAUGAGUGCCGAGCAGGUUGAGAGACUUACCAGCAUCAUCACGGAAAACGUUGCUAAGUACAAGGACAUGGCCGGUGACGAUGUCGAGCUGGAGAUUGACGAUCUGCCCAACGAAGUGCAGCAUAAGCUGCUUCGCUACGUGCGCAGCAUCUUCCCCAAGGCCGAGCCGGUCGAGAUGGAUGCCAACGCUAUCGACGAUGACUACGAACCCGAGAAGCCAUCAGCCCGUUCUGGAGGAGCUGCAAAGAAGAAGCACAAGCCCAUGAAGAAGCACGAGCAGGAGGAUCGCAUCAGACAACUCAAGGAGCAGAUGGCUGCUAUGGGCGAUAAGGCCGACGCACUCGAUGGCGGUGGUGCAGCUCCUUCAGCUGCGCGCCGUACUGACAGCAGCGACGAUGACGACAGUGAGAGCAGUGAGGAGGAAUAA